GCAUCUCUGGGAGUGGCAGUAGAAGAAGAAAAAGCCGCUGCGGCAUUAGGAGGAGAAGAAGAAGAAUCUGCCAGCAUGGCGUUUACUCUCUACUCUCUCAUCCAGACCGCUAUUCUCUGCACUAAUGCAGUCGCUGUGCUGCAUGAAGAGAGAUUUCUCAGCAAGAUCGGCUGGGGUGUCGACCAGGGAGUUGGAGGUUUUGGGGAUGAUCCAGGAGUCAAAGCUCAGAUCCUCAACCUCAUCCGCUCAGUCCGGACCGUCAUGAGAGUGCCUUUAAUAAUAGUGAAUUCUGCCUGCAUCGUCCUGUUGCUGCUGUUUGGUUGAAGGUAGAGGACGAAUAAACAACCAACAGACUCUCACACUCAACGGUUUGCCAUUUAAAGACUUCUGCCAUCGUUGGUCAUCAGCCGGGUGGAAAGGAAAAAAAACAUCAUCUGUGGUGUCGACUUCCUGACAUCAGCACCAAAAGGACAAACUUCAUGAACUCUGGUGAAGUUUUAGCACCACACAGGAGGACUUGUUUCGUGCUGCACGGAGAGUUUUAGUUCUCACUUUUCUCACGUUAUUCUGGACACAUUGAGAUGAAUCUGUUUUGAUGAUUUAAUGAUUUGUGUCAUAUGUUUUGUACAAAGUUUAGCUCAACAGUGGAGACUUGAUGAGGUGCUCAAAAAUAAUGUUUGGGGAUUUUACAACGGUAAAAAGCCGGUCAGUCUAACAGAGAUUUAAGGUGUAAACUUGUGUUAAAUGUUGGAACACACAGAUGAGAGAGAUCCAAGAUUUGUUGCUUUGUCAAGUUAAACUGAAGAUUUUAUUUCUAAUGUGCCUGCGGGGCGUUUUAGGACAAAACAAAAACCAAGAAUGAAAGCUGCAGCAGUCAGCUUAAUAAUGUGUAAAAUGAUGUGUUCUGUAUCACCUCUGAGAAUUAGACUAAAUGGAUUUAAAGCAUUGUUCCCAAACCCAACUCAAACCGGUGUUCUUUGUACUGUUUACAUGUUUGCGUGGUGUUCUGUCUUGAAAUAAACGUGUUGUUCAUUUUCAUUAAA